GAGAGUGACAAAAACCGAGAGGGUUGCAUUGCGAUCCACAAGCAGUGUGGCAGAUUGGCCUGUUUCCUAACAUUCAGCUGCGGUGCUGUAUUGUCUGAGGCUGCUCUUCACUACAUUCUUAAAGAAACUGCCUUCCCAAUCUGUAUUCUCCAGCAGACCUCGGGUGCCACCAUGUUUGCUCUUCUUGCAUCUGCUUGGGGUCUUUCUCCCAAGCACGUUCACGCGUGUCCAAUGCAAGCUUAGUUCCGAGGCACACCGUAAACCCGGGGACAGCGAUGGGCCAGAUGGAUUCCAGCGACCCUGCGCCAUCUGCCGUGGCUUCUAGGAGGCGGAAAUGGAAGGUGAGGCAGUGGAAGCCAUUGUCGAGGAGUCAGAAACGUUCAUUAAAGGAAAAGAGCGAAAGACUUAUCAGAGACGCCGGGAGGGGGGCCAGGAAGAGGACACUUGCCAUAUAGCACCGAACCAGGCGGACGGAAGUGAUGUGGUUCAGGAUGUCAACAGCAGCGUGCAGAUGGUAAUGAUGGAGCAGCUGGACCCGACGCUUCUUCAGAUGAAGACCGAAGUCAUGGAAGGCUCAGUGCCUCAGGAAGCAGAGGCAACCGUGGAUGACACGCAAAUCAUAACACUCCAAGUUGUGAAUAUGGAAGAACAGCCUUUAAACCUCGGGGACCUUCAGCUUGUUCAAGUACCUGUCCCGGUGACUGUACCUGUUGCUACCACGUCUGUGGAAGAGCUUCAGGGGGCUUAUGAAAAUGAGGUGUCUAAGGAAGGCAUGCCGGAAGGGGAGCCUAUGAUCUGUCACACGUUACCUUUGCCUGAGGGGUUCCAGGUGGUUAAAGUGGGAGCCAAUGGUGAGGUGGAGACGCUAGAGCAAGGAGAACUUCAACCUCAGGAGGAUCCCAAUUGGCAGAAAGAUCCAGACUAUCAGCCUCCAGCCAAAAAAACAAAGAAAACCAAAAAGAGCAAACUGCGUUACACGGAGGAGGGGAAAGAUGUCGAUGUUUCAGUUUAUGAUUUUGAAGAGGAACAGCAAGAGGGUUUGCUGUCCGAGGUCAACGCAGAGAAGGUGGUUGGCAACAUGAAGCCUCCGAAGCCAACGAAGAUUAAAAAGAAAGGUGUAAAGAAGACAUUCCAGUGUGAGCUGUGCAGUUACACAUGUCCACGCCGUUCAAACUUGGAUCGUCACAUGAAAAGUCACACCGAUGAAAGACCACACAAAUGUCAUCUGUGUGGCAGAGCUUUCCGGACAGUUACCCUACUGAGGAAUCAUCUUAAUACUCACACAGGUACCCGCCCUCAUAAGUGCCCAGACUGUGACAUGGCCUUUGUGACCAGUGGAGAAUUGGUUCGGCACCGCCGUUACAAACACACCCAUGAGAAGCCAUUCAAGUGCUCAAUGUGCGACUAUGCCAGUGUAGAAGUCAGCAAAUUGAAACGUCAUAUUCGCUCUCACACCGGGGAGCGUCCAUUCCAGUGCAGCUUGUGCAGUUAUGCCAGCAGGGAUACUUAUAAGCUGAAAAGACACAUGAGAACUCAUUCUGGUGAAAAGCCCUAUGAGUGUUAUAUUUGUCAUGCUCGGUUUACCCAAAGCGGUACUAUGAAGAUGCACAUUUUACAGAAGCACACUGAGAAUGUGGCCAAAUUUCAUUGUCCCCACUGUGACACUGUCAUAGCCAGAAAAAGUGAUUUAGGUGUCCAUUUGCGAAAGCAGCAUUCCUACAUCGAGCAGGGCAAAAAGUGUCGUUACUGUGAUGCUGUAUUCCAUGAACGCUAUGCCCUCAUUCAGCAUCAAAAAUCCCACAAGAAUGAAAAACGUUUCAAGUGUGAUCAGUGUGACUACGCCUGCAGACAGGAACGGCACAUGAUCAUGCACAAGCGUACCCAUACUGGAGAGAAGCCUUACGCCUGUAGUCAUUGUGACAAAACCUUCCGCCAGAAACAGCUACUCGAUAUGCACUUCAAACGUUACCAUGACCCUAACUUCGUCCCUGCUGCCUUUGUCUGUUCUAAGUGCGGUAAAACAUUCACACGCCGGAACACCAUGGCUAGACAUGCUGAUAAUUGUACUGGUCCAGAUGGCGUAGAAGGAGAGAAUGGAGGAGAAACCAAGAAGGGUAAACGUGGGAGGAAAAGAAAGAUGCGCUCUAAGAAAGAGGAUUCCUCUGACAGUGAAGAAAAUGCUGAACCAGAUCUGGAUGACAAUGAAGAUGAGGAGGAGACAGCAGUGGAAAUUGAAGCUGAACCAGAAGUAGAGCCAGUGACUCCAGCCCCGCCGCCAGCAAAGAAACGGAGAGGAAGGCCACCCGGCAAGGCCAACCAACCUAAACAAACCCAGCCAACAGCAAUCAUCCAGGUGGAAGACCAGAACACUGGCGCCAUUGAAAAUAUCAUAGUUGAAGUCAAGAAAGAACCGGAUGCAGAAGCAGCCGAAGGGGAAGAGGAGGAGCCACAGGCAGCUGUAGCAGAAGCUCCCAAUGGUGACCUCACUCCGGAGAUGAUUCUCAGCAUGAUGGACCGGUGAUGGAGGAAAGGCUGUGCUCGUUGACUAGACUGGCCUGGGCUGUGUUUCAGCGGCUCCAAUCUAUUUUCUUCCUUUUUAUUAUGUUUCUUGGCUUUGGGAAGUGCAUCAUUUUAGACCAUUUUACCAAAAGUACUGGAGAGUCAAACUUCAAAGAUCGUGGGAGAUGUUGGCUGGUUUUUCCUUUGUUGGUUUUUUUGUUUGUUUGUUUUGUUGUUGUUUGUUUGGUUUUUGUUGCUUUUUUUUUUUUUAACUAGAACUUGCCAUUUUAUGUUAGCGUUUUCAGGUCAUGAUACUGAGAGUGACUUUUGAGGCCUAGAGGGUUUUCUGUGAGGUGCUCAAUGCUUUUCUGCUCAGAACUACACGAUUGUGGUCCAACGACAGUGUUGACACACGACCAGUUUUAAUACAGAAGUGGAGAGACCGAAGCCCUGCGUUCAGUAUGGCAAACCACUCCAGCGGUGCCACAAGGCUUCCCGAGAUUCUACGUCAUCCUCCCAAGAGAGUUUUUAAUUGUAAAUGCAGACAUGGGAAAAGGGUCGUAGACUUUAACCCAUUUUUGUUUUGGCUUUCCCCCUGACUUCCUACGGUUCGGAGUCAGCCGCACACCAGUAGUAUGGCAUGCUACGAUUGGUUUCUGUCAUGAGCACUUUGCUUCUUGGCAAAGUAUUUGUAAUGGUCAAGCUUGUAAAUAACUCUUUUUUGUUUUCGUUUUGUUGGGUUUUUUUUUUUAACACUUUAAUCUUUUCCAUUAAGAGGUUGGACAGAAUGAGUUAGAUCCAACAUUUUAAUUCCUUGCAAGUGAAUUGACAACAGAUUCAGUAGUGUGUGACUGUGGGCAAAAGCUGUCUGAUAACCAAUCACAAUUACUUAGGAAAGAAAAGGUGCCCAGGCUGUCGCUUGCUGAGUAACAGAAGUCACAAGGGCAAUCUUGAUUCCGAGCACUUGGGGCUGGCAUUUGAAACUUGUUUAAUUCUCUUCCGUUCUGAUUUCACACCUAAACUUUCUUUGCUCUAUUUUGUAGCUGAAUUUCGUUUCAUGACUUCUAUGGUGAAAGCAAAGUGGCAGUUGUAAGUGGGGUCCAGUUCCCACUGCCGCCCUGGAAAUCUGGGCUGGGAAAUCUGACUAGGUCAGUCAAAUUUUAAAUUAUGGCUCUUCAAGAGAAAUGUGAAACAAAUACAAAAAAAAACCAAACAGAAGAUGCUUGUAUAUGAACUGUCACAUGUUAAAAUAUGUAAGCUUUUUAUAGAGCCAGUCUUGCUGAUUUCAAACCAAUUUUUUCUUCUCUGUAUCGCUUUUAAGAGAGCUAUCAGGUUAGCUACCAGAUUCUAGGUUGAUGCAUUUUUGUACUUAGCUGUACUGUGUGAUAUUUUUCAUUAUUUUAGGAAGCCGUUAUAAGAAACGUUAUAAAAUAUGUAAUGGGGGGGGGUUUGAAAGCUAGGAUGGUGAAUAUACUGCUGUACAGCUAAUAAAUAAUAAUGGAUUAACAUGUGCUCAUGA